GAGCUGCAGCGGUCGUGACUCGCGGCACUGCAGAGGAUUGGCAGCGUGUUGUUUUUCCAACGGCGCGCCGACACCCCUGGAGCAGUCAGUGUGGCAAAACGAAUUAUAGCCAGUUAUUACAGUUAAACCCAUCGCAAUUUUUUUGCAUACGCAAGAAAUAUGAGUCACGAAUGAGGUCUGCAGGAUGUCGUUAAAGAAGGAGACGCCCCUGGCUAACGCUGUGUUUUGGGCAGCUCGGAAGGGGAACUUGGCCCUGCUUCAGUUACUGCUCAACAGUGGCCGAGUGGAUGCCGACUGCAGAGACAGUUUUGGCACCACAGCCCUGAUGGUGGCGUCCUACAGUGGCCACAGUGACUGUGCCAGGGAGCUGAUCAUGCAGGGAGCUGACAUUAACCUGCAGAGAGAGACAGGCUCCACUGCCCUCUUCUUCGCUUCCCAGCAGGGACACAAUGAAGUAGUGAAGCUCCUCUUUGAAUUUGGUGCCUCGACUGAAUUCCAGACAAAGGAUGGUGGCACAGCCCUCUCUGCAGCCUGUCAGUAUGGCCACUCUAAGGUGGUAGACACUCUGUUGAAGAAUGGAGCCAAUGUUCAUGACCAGCUGCAUGAUGGUGCCACCCCACUCUUCCUUGCUUCCCAGGAGGGGCAUGUGACUGUCAUACGUCAACUGCUGUCAACUGGAGCCAAAGUUAACCACCCUAGGGAGGAUGGCACAGUCCCCCUGUGGAUGGCAGCCCAGAUGGGACACAGUGAAGUAGUGAAGGUUUUACUUCUGCGUGGUGCAGAUCGGGAUGCUGACAGAAAAGACGGGUCAACUGCAUUAUUCAAGGCAGCUUUCAAAGGACACAACAGUGUCAUUGAGGAGCUCCUCAAGUUUUCCCCUUCAAUGGGCCUUCUCAAGAAUGGUUCCACAGUCCUCCACGCUGCUGUCAUGGGUGGCAAUCAUAAAAGUGUAAAACUUCUGCUCGGGGCCAAUGCAGACCCCACGCUACCCAACAAGAACAAUGAACUACCAGCAGAUCUUACAAAGAGUGAUCGCAUCCUGAGUGCUCUGCGACCGCAAAUCUUAAAUGGAAGUAUAUGAUGAAACCCUAGUUCCCACCUUAGACCAUGGUUGUUUUAUGGAGAGAAAUGCGCUGAGGGCUCCGAACAACUGAGAACAAACCAACAGGAUUCAGUCACACUACAAUACUUAUGGUUAUUGCUUUCAUUUGCAGCUUCAGAAAAUACAAUGCUAUUUAGAGUAACCGAAACUGGACAUAUCUAUGAGGAUGGUUCAAUAUGUAGCCUACUACCAAAAUGCAUCCGUUUGUGGCUAGAGUUCUUUUGCCAUGUACAUCCUUUCCUUUGAGGUGUUGUUCUAACUUUGCUGUAUAGUUUCUGUUUCUAAAAUAUUUUAUCCCUGGUGCUGUAAUAUUUCUAAAUAUUUUGCAAUUUUUUAUUUCUGCAAUUUCAAUAAAAGAUUAAUGUGAAAUAAAAAAAUA